GGGCUAGUUGGGGCUUGGCGCAGGUACGGGUGGCCUGCUGUGAAGGCCAUCUCCUCUGCUCCCGGGGGAAGGGGUGUCUCUGUCUCGGGUCUCCCCUCCAGCUGGAGGAUCAGGAAGAGGCGCUGCUUAUCGGACUGUUCCAGAAACGGGACAGUUAAUUGCCUUUACAGCAAUGGGAAAUGCCUCCCUGCGCUCUCUCUCUCUCUCCCUCCCCCUGUCUCUCUACCCUCCCUCUCUUUCUUUCCCACCCCUUUUCCUUUCCUCUUCUCACUACCUUUUGCCCUGUUCUACUGACUAGUGUAGAUAGGAGAGGGAAAGCUCUGACAGUCUCUGAGUCUAGUGUCUGCUUGCCACACGCUCCCCACAGGACUACCUGUAUUUCCCCCCCCGUUUCUUUUUUUUUUCCUGAGAGGAUUUAAACUUUCAACUGACAGCAUGUCGGAAGGCAAGAAGAAGGAGAAGAAAGGGAAAAAGAAGGGGGGUAGGAAUGAACGAAAAGAACGCAAGGAAAAAGAGUUGAGUGAACUGAAUCCAACAGCAGAGAAUGCCCCAAAGUUGAAGCAAAUGAAGAACACACUGAAAGUGGACGAGGGAAGCAGGCUCACAGUCAAGUGUGAGGCUACAGGGAACCCCAGCCCAACCUACAAAUGGUUCAAAGAUGGCAUUGAGCUCAAGAAAAGCAGAAUGGUCAAAAUAAAGUCCAGCCAGAAAAACUCCAGGGUCCAGAUCGUCAGGGCCAAGCUGGAGGAUUCUGGGAAUUACACAUGCGUGGCAGAGAACCUUCUGGGGAACUCCAACUCCACGAGCACUGUUCAUGUCCAAAGCAUAACCACCACGCUGUCUCCGGGCUCAGGCCACGCCAGAAGAUGCAACGAUACAGAAAAGACGUACUGUGUGAACGGCGGCGACUGUUACUUCAUAAACGGUAUCAAUCAGCUCUCCUGCAAAUGUCCGGAAGGAUACUUCGGUCCGCGGUGCUUGCAGACAGAGCCGCUGCGGUACAGCAUGCCCAAUCCUUACGAAAAGCAUCUUGGGAUUGAAUUUAUGGAGGCGGAGGAACUAUACCAGAAAAGAGUCUUGACAAUCACUGGUAUUUGCGUGGCUCUAUUGGUGGUGGGCAUCGUGUGUGUGGUGGCCUACUGUAAAACCAAGAAACAGAGGAAGAAGAUGCACAAUCACCUGCGGCAGAACAUGUGUGCAGAUCACCCAAACCGGAACCUAGCGAAUGGACCCAAUCACCCUGGCCCUGGUCCCGAGGAGAUACCCAUGGUAGAUUACAUCUCUAAGAAUGUGCCGGCAACAGAGCGAGUCAUACGGCACGGACCAGAAGCUUCUUUCCCCGGCAGCCAUGCGUCUUCCAGAUCUCACAACUCUUCUACUCGUGCCCAUUCAUCCACUCACAGACACGAGGAGCGGACGUGGAGCCUGGAGCGGACGGACAGCGUCCUCUCGGACUCACCGGGCAUGAUGUCAUCUUCCGUGGGGACCAGUAAAUGCAACAGUCCUGCGUGCAUGGAGGCUAGGGCCAGGCGUGCCGUACACUGUGGCUUUACUGAGCCCCACCGGUCGGGCCUGCAGUACGGGGACUCCUUCGACUCGCUGGGGGACUCUCCGCACAGCGACAGGUACGUGUCAGCCCUGACCACGCCGGCCCACCUCUCCCCGGUGGACUUCCAUUACUCCCUGCCCCCCCAGGUGCCUACUUUCCAGAUCACCUCCCCCAACGCCAGCCAGGCCAUGUCCCUCCCGCCCGCCGCGCAUGCCCCGUACCCCCUGGCAGACGACCAGCCUCUGCUGCGGCGCUACCAGGUGCCCCUGCACGACGUUCAGCGCCAGGAGCCCUACCGGCAGCAGCGGCGCACGUACCUGAACGACAGCGCGGGAAGCCUCCCCUCCAGCCUCCCCUCCAGCCCCUACCGGUUGGCGGAGGACGAAGACUAUGAGACCACGCAAGAGUACCUCUCCUCCAGGGAGAAACCAAAGAGAAGCGGGUCCGGCAGUGGGGGCCGGCGCUUGCGGAGAUCCAGACUGAACGGCCACGUGGCACCGCGAGGUUACGAGGCGUCACGGGACUACGGCUCUCGCAGCUGCCUGACGGACAGCGAGUCGGAGGAGGAGGGCGAGAACACGCCCUUCCUUAGUAUGCAGAACAUGAACGCCGAGCCGUCCGCUAUCUACAGGCCGGCCGACAGUCGGACUUCUCAGUCACACUCUUCGGGGCGGCACGGUGCACGCGGGAACCCACAGACCAGACAGACACACUCGCAGUCUAAGCCGGACAAUGCGCCCCACUAAGGAAAGAAGACGACCUACCAUCCAAAAUCUAUAUACUAUAAACCUGCACCUAUAAGAAAUAUUUUUAUUUUAUAUAACUGACAGAUAUUCUAAACAAAUGAAAUAUUUAUUUUCAUUUUAGCAAAAGUUGUCUACUAGUUAACAGCAAAGACUUUUUUUAUUGGGAAAACUCUAUUUAUAUGUACAUUUUGAUUUACAGCAUAAAAAGACGUGCCAAUUUUUUCACAACUUAAAAACUAGAGUCAUAUUGUGGUGCCUUUUGCUGUGUGCCGAUGUAGGAGGGCCAGUGGAGUUUUUUGUAGCCUUUCUUAUAUGGACAUCAUUUUUGAUACACGUUUUUCUCUUUUGUUUUCUCUUUUGGCAUUUUCUUUUUCCUUUUGGUCCAGGCUGCGUUCUUCUGGGAACCCCAUGUGACCCCCCUCCCUUCCACAUCAUGCAAUAUAAACCACUUAAUCAUCAGGUGUAUGUUUACAUUCAUAGAAUUCGCCUAUAGGGUUUCUCAUUUUAUGCCUCCAGUAGAAAAAAACUGAUAAAUGCAACGUAGGUCCUUUCUGCUCUCUGGGUGGGGAGGAGUGUUUGCAUAUGUGAGUCAGUGUGUGUGUGUGUGUGUGUGUGUGUGCCUCCACCUGUGCUUGACUGCUCGUGCGUGUGUGAGUGAGUGGCAGAUGUCCUGAUAUGUCAUUGUACCAGCUCAUUGCUCUGUCGGCCACCAGGCUUUAUCAGUAGAGGUUCAGUGAGAUCAGCCUUGGUUCCAGGGUUGUGCCGCUGUUAGGUAGAGAAAUCUGCAUGUCGUUGAUGUGCGUUUACUCCCAACCACACUACUCCGCUUCAGCCACGCUACUCCACUUCACCCACGCCUCCCCGACCUCACCCACGCCACACGGCUUCACCCACAUUACCUCGCCAUCACCCACCCCGCUUCACCCACACCACCUCGCUUCUCCCCCACCACCAACUUCACCCAACCCACCUCACUUCUCCCCUGCCACCCUGCUUCACCCACCCCAGCAACUCACCCUGUCGUCCCAACAUAGUCAUCCAAGAUAAGGUUUAUGUUAUGGUGGCCUCCAACAUCCUGGCUGGUCUGUGAUUCUCAAGAAGAAAUGCCAUUGGCCAGUAUAGAAGUUGAUGUGACGCUCUCCCAGCUGUCAGUAGUAAUGGCUUAAUACAAAAAGAUUAAAAUAAAAUGGAAAAUCUGUUUCUCUUUCUGCCAUGACCCCAACCAUUUCUCCUCCUAACCACAACCUGUCCAUUGUGUCCCCUUGGCCAGAGCAAAGGGGCCGCACAGCGUCUCAGGACUCCCACCCAGCCCUAUGCCCUCGUCCCACGCCCUGCACCAUCAGACCUUUGACUAAGUCUCCCCUCCCAAA